AUGGCUUUCUAUUCCGAAACAGUGACUCUCUUCCUUUUGUUCACCCUGAUUACGGUUCUUCUGAAGUUUUUGUCUAGUCUCCGUAAAAAGAUUUCUUACAAGUUCCCCCCGGGACCAACACCGCUUCCUCUGAUUGGAAAUUUACACAUUUUGGAUCUAAAAAGACCAGAUUCCACCUUCAUGAAGCUUGCAAAGACAUACGGCUCGUUCUUCACGAUCCACUUUGGCAGGAAGAAAGUCGUGGUUCUGGUUGGAUAUGAUGCCCUGAAAGAAGCCCUCGUGAACUCAAGCUAUGAAUUUGGAAACCGGGGGGCACUACCAGUCGUUGAUAAUUUCCAGCAUGGAGAAGGUGUAAUCUUUUCCAACGGGGAAAACUGGAAGGUGACGCGAAGAUUCACUCUGUCUAUUCUGCGGGAUCUCGGAAUGGGAAAGAGACCCAUCGAGGGAAAGAUUAUCGAGGAAACUGAACAUCUAAAUAAUCUGAUCCAGUCGUUUGAAGGUAAACCUUUUGAAAAACGAGUAUUUACUAACGCUCCUCCCAACAUCACCUUCGGACUGUUAUUUGGAAGACGCUUUGAAUACAGUAACCCGACAUUCAUGACGAUGUUAGAUCUGCUGAACGAUCUGGUUAUCCUCACUACUACCACUCCUGCACAGUUCACUAACGUCUACCCGAUUCUGAAGCACGUCCUGAAAACACCAAAAAUCAUUGUACAGAAAAUCGACCAGUUAAAUGUAAUUUAUAAAGAGCUGCUGAUGGAAGCUAAAAGCAAUACAAACGAAAGCAGCUGGACAACAUACACAGAGGCCUUCCUUCAGAAAGACAUGGAGGAAAAAGUGGGAGAUGGUAAUGAAAAAAUCUUUCAUGAGAAGAAUAUGUUGGCGUCUAUGUUCGAUCUCAUGCUUGGUGGCACAGAGACAACAUCAUCGACACUGCAAUGGGCCAUCCUUCUCAUGAUGAAAUAUCCUGAUAUACAAAAAAAGGUUCAUGAAGAAAUUGAAACGGUUAUUGGACUUGAACGCCACCCAACGUGGGAUGACCAGAAGUACUUACCAUACUGUCUGGCAGUGGUACAUGAAAUACAACGGUUUGGCAACAUCCUUCCAUCCUUCCCCCAUUCUACUCUAGUAGACACCCACUUCAGGGGUUAUUUUAUCCCUAAGGGAACGCAAGUGAUCCCUUUAUUUGCGUCGGCCCUUUAUGAUGAGACCCAGUGGGAGACUCCGUACAGAUUUAACCCCAAUCAUUUCCUGGAUGCUGACGGGAAGUUUCUGAAGAAAGAUGCAUUCUUCCCAUUUUCUAAAGGACGCAGGGUUUGUGUCGGAGAAUCCCUGGCCAGAAUGGAACUCUUCCUCUUCUUCACGGGGAUGCUCCAGAAGUUCACAUUCUCUCCCCCACCGGGCGUAGACAAGGCAGACCUGGAUCUCACUCCAGAUCCAUUUUUCACCUUCAGGCCAAAGCCUUACAAAGUUUGUGCCACUCCGCGGCAAUAG